UUUCAUUUAGACUUUUUUUUUCUUCAUAUGGAUAAAGGAGAAAGUGUCUAUCAACAACUUCCGGGCAGUACAAGCUGUAAGCUUGGUUCUAAAGGAGUGAAAGAAUUUGUCAAAGACUUUAUAAAACCAACUUCUGACGCAGACAAAGUUUUGCGAGAAAUGAAGCCAAUUUAUAUCGACAGAGCGCAUACAUUUGUUAAAGAAGAAGAUAAAAAAGCCGAAAAGAAAAAGCAGAGAAAUAAAAAAGAACGCAAAUUGACAGCAAGAGAAAAACGACGACUCAAGGUCUAUGAUAUCCCAAAAGAUGCGCAUCAAUAUCGUUUGUUUGAACCGCUUGCCAAGUUAUGGCAAGGAUAUAUGAGCAAAUUGUUGACACAGGGCCAAGCUAACUUUGAACAAAAACUGAUCCGAGCAGAUUUUCAUGGAGCCAUUUUGACAGUUGUCCAAAGUGCAAAUCCAACUUAUGUAGGCGUCACAGGCAUCGUUAUUCAAGAAACAUUAUCUGUAUUCAAUAUGAUAACAAAACAAGAUAAAUUAAAGCAAAUACCCAAGAACAGCAGUUAUUUUAGUGUACAUAUUGAAGAAACAAACAAGGAUUAUACGAUUUAUGGUCCUCAGUUUGUUGCUCGUCCUGCAGAAAGAGCGGCAAAAAAAUUCAAACCAAAACCCUCCAUUGAUUUGUAGUUUAAUAAA